CAGAACGAGAAAACGGGUCCAGUCCAGGCAUAGCGAUAUUCAUACUUAGUAGCAACAGCGACAGCAGGGUUUGUGGAGGAUGGUGUUGCUGUUGCGUUAACAGGCUGGAUGCCGGUAUGUGCGGCCGCCUCAGCCGCAGAUGAAACGCUUGGCUGCGAUGAACAGCUCGCAGCCUCGGCUCUCUGGGCGUCCAUCCGCUGAUGAAGGCGAGCCGGCGUGGUGAGGUCAGGCGCUGCAGCUGGUUGGAGGAGCUGGCUUUGCUGCAGCAGCGGAGGAUGUGAGCAGCAGCGUGCCGCGGUGCUGCAGGUUUAUGGGUCCAGGCUGUGGACGAGCUGCUGGCUUUUCUCACUUUCUGUCUCUGCAUCUUGAAGCGAUUGGACUGAACUGAGUCGCAGACAUUUCGCGGGAUGAACGGCUCUCUGCUGACUCCGCCCAGCCCACGGGCUUCUGGCCCCUCCCCCUUGCCCCCUUCGCCCUCCCCGUCACCGCCGUCGCCCUCCCUGCUGCCGUUGUCCUCCAGGCCGGCCCCCCUGGCCCCCCUUGUGAGCCCGCCAGCCCCGCCGUCCUCCCUGUCUGACACGCCCACACCGUCCCCCUCGCCGUCCCUCAGCUGGACCGAAUUCUGUGAGCUCCAUGCGCGUGUCGCUGCCGGAGACUUUGCGCGCCACUUCCGGGCGUUUCUCCUGGAGAACCCGCACUACAGCGCGGACUCGGCGGCAGCUUUCUGCCGCCGCUUCACCGACCGCUUCAUCCGCCACUUCCAGAGCGAGCUGGAGGGGGCGCUGCCUCCAAGCGGAGCCGUGGGACGUGACGAGAUGAUGAGCUGGGCUCCUCCAUCCGACGCCACCUCCCUGGAAGAGGAGGCGGUCUCGCCGCUGGCGGGACCCGAGGGCCCGGCGCUCCCACUUCCCUCCGGCGCGGCGCGGGGGACGUCCAGGCCGGCGCCGUCCCGGCUGGUGCUGGAGAACCGCAGCAGCGACCGCUUCCAGGACUCCUACGCCCAGGGCCAAGUGCUGCCGCCGUCCUCGUCGUCGUCCUGCUGCUCCUCGGUGGGAGGGAACAACGGGAGGCGGGAGGAGCGCGGCGCCCCUCCGGGCCCCGGGAACGGCGAAGCGCCGGCAGAGGAGGAGGAAGACGGCUGGGUCGGAGCGGCUUCGGCCGGUGACGGCGCGGAGCUCGACGAGUCAUCUGAGGCGGAUCACACUUUGCAUCUCCCUCCCUGCUCCGUCACUCCGCCGCCCGACUCCAAAGGCAACGGCACACCCAACUCCUCCAAGAACAAGCUGAAGAAGCGCUUCUCCCUGCGCAGCGUGGGGCGCAGCGUGCGCGGCAGCGUGCGCGGCAUUCUGCACUGGAGGAGCGCCUCCAGCGAUGCGGCGCAGAGCCCGCUGCCCUCCAGCUACAGCUACACCCUGGGCGUCCAGGACUCCGGCGGCGCCAAGAGAAGCGCCGCCACGCAGCCCCCGACGCCCACCUCCUCCAUGCCCGUGUCCCUGUCUAUGCCCCUCUCCCUUCCUCACUCCUCCUCUUCCUCCCUGCCGCCCUCGUCCUCCAGCAGCGCCACCUCGCUGUCUCUCUCCGAGACGGCGCGUGAUCGCCGGCGGAGCAACGGCGAGGGAGGCGAGAAGGACAAGUGGAGCCACCGGCUGGAGAAACUCAGGCUGUCGCGCUCGCCACCGCCCAUCUUCACGCAGAACCCCCAACCCGGCUCCAACUCGCUGCCCCCCAGCAGCGCCGCCGCCCUGGGCCCCCCCAGGAAGGUGGGCCGUCUGGUGCGGGAGGGAGGGGUGAGCGUCAGCUCCUCCAGCGACGAGCUGGGCGGCAGCCACGGCUUCUCCGGCUUCUCCUUCGGACUGCUGCAUCACGGCGCAGAGAGCAACAGCACGGCCCAGCCGGGGGCCCAGCCGGGGGCCCAGGCCGGCCCGGUGCCGCCCCUGGCCAGCGGGAUCACCGUCCCCUGGAGGGGGGGCCGCUGGCACAAAUGUCGUUUGGUCCUGAGAGAGCGAGACCGAGAAGGGGGCGAGCGAGGAGAGGAGUACUACCUGGAGUUCUUCAUCCCCCCAAAGGCCUCCAAGCCGCGGCUGACCGUUCCCUGCUUCUCCAUCCUGGACGUGAGGAGCACCACGGCGCUGGAAGUCCCGGACAAGGAGAACACCUUCCUGCUGCAGCUGGACGGGUCGGCCCAGUACGUGAUCGAAACCCGAGACGCUGUGCAGAUGAGAGCUUGGCUGAGUGACAUCAGGAACGCCAUUUGUCUCAGCGAGCAGGAGGACGCUGAAGGGGCGUGUCCGGCUUCGCUGGACGUCAGUGGAACGCCAGAGAUCGGCGAGCGUCUUUCACAAGUCUGCUACGGAGGGAUCGGAGGCUCCUCCCCUCUCAUGGAUCCACUUCCUCCAGAACUUCCACCUCGAGCGCCACUGGACGAGCCGGAUGGCAGAAAUUUCGGGGGGGUCGGCGCUGGUCUGGGCACACCUUUUGCUGAGACGCCAGAAGCGACAGGGUCGUUCCUGUUCUCUGACGCGGUGACCUCCGAGGCCGUGGAGCACCCGCUCAGCGAGUGCCAGUGGUUCCACGGCACCCUGUCGCGUCUCAAGGCGGCCCAGCUGGUUCUGGCCGGAGGCCCGGCGAGCCACGGCGUCUUCCUGGUCCGACAGAGCGAGACGCGGCGGGGAGAGUACGUCCUCACCUUCAACUUUCAGGGCAAGGCCAAGCACCUCCGUCUGUCCCUGAACGAGGACGGCCAGUGCCGGGUCCAGCACCUCUGGUUCCAGUCCAUCUUUGACAUGUUGGAGCACUUCCGGGUCCAUCCCAUUCCCCUGGAGUCGGGCGGCGCCUCUGAUGUCACGCUCAUCAGCUUCGUGGGAGCCACGGCGGUCCGACAGCCAGACUCGACCAGCAGACCCCGUAGCCCCCCCCAGGCCCCGCCGCUGCCGCCGGGACGCCCGGCGCCACCGACCCCCCCGCAGGAGAGAGGAUCUGAGGCGGAGCCGGCGGUGGGAAGCGGCGGGCCGGCGGAGGACUGGGAGGACACGCCCCUCCGGCCGCUGGACGCCGCCGAGGGCGAGGAGCGGGACGGGGCGAGGGCGCCGCGCGCCGUCGACAACCAGUACUCCUUCUUCUGAGGCGGCGGCCAUCUUGGGGGGUUCUAACACUAAUCGAGGCCGACAGGUGACACACUAACGAGCGGUGCCGCCGGCCCGAUUGGCCACUCCGCCUCGCAGAACCUUCUGGACACUACGACUGAAACUCGAGCCUGUGGAGCCAGCAGGACCAGAACCUCACACAGUUCUGCCCAGACAGCCAAACAUACGCUACAGAACCUGAACCUUACACCGCCCCCGGAACCGGCCCAGUUCUGUCCGGCGCCUGCAAUCUGUUAGAGGUCCAGACGGGCAGUUCUCCGGAGCCUGCUUCAGAUUACAGAACCAUUCAACCCAGUAAAAGGUUCUGAACCCAAACAGAUCCCUGAAAUGUCCCAAAGAUGACCCAGUUCCUCAGAGACCCAAAGGUCAAGGGUCAGAUCUCCAGGAUGUUCUUCACCUGCUGGAGAUCCAACAUGACCCAGAUUACCGGUUCUGAGCCCCAUUCUGGACUCAUGGUGGGUUUUUGACCUUUGACCCCUCGUCUGGACCCGACUGAAGGUCACAGGAAGGGAAACGGGGAAGUUCAGGAUGUUUUAAUCCAGGAUCUGGAGUUAAUCUGUUCAGAUUAGGUUGGAUUAAGGUGGAAGCUGGGUGGGUCAGGACCGGUCCUGAUCACAAUAGCCUGGCUGGCUUAUGUGACCUCUGACCCCUUCUACAUUACCACUACUGACAGAACCAACACUAAUGACCCACUGACAUGUUGGUGGUUCUGCUGCCUCCUCUGACGGGUCCAAAUGAACCAGCUUCAUCUGGUUCCCAGGCCUCUGGGCCCAUCAGAUGUUCGCCUGAUGCUUCAGUCACCGGGGGAACUUUCCACUGGAGUCUUAAGGUCCAGAUAGGAGGGGUUCGGCCUCAUCGCCAUGGUAACGGCACCCUGGGACGAGUGUGGUGAAAGCAGCGGUUCUGGAAUACGCACAUGAACCGGAUCCCUCUGAGCUCUGGUUCUCCUCAGGGCGAGCCUGACUCGGUUCCAUCAGAACCAUCAUUCAGGGUCUAACUGGGUCACAGGCUUUUGACCCAGUUUCAUUCUGAUUCCUUUUCCGGUUUCUUUACAAUCCCAGUUAGAGGCGGCGGCGCGUCUGCAAGGCGUCUGCCGGGCGUCUGUCGGGCGUCUGCAGGGCAUCUGUCGGGCGUCUGCAAGGCGUCUGCGGGGCGUCUGUCGGGCGUCUGCAGGGCGUCUGCAGGGCGUCUGCAGGGCGUCUGUUGGGCGUCUGUCGGGUGUCUGCGGGGCGUCUGCAAGGCGUCUGCGGGGCGUCUGCAAGGCGUCUGUCGGGUGUCUGCACGGCGUCUGCGGGGCGUCUGCAAGGCGUCUGUCGGGUGUCUGCACGGCGUCUGCGGGGCGUCUGCAGGGCGUCUGUCGGGCGUCUGCAGGGCGUCUGUCGGGCGUCUGCGGGGCGUCUGCAGGGCGUCUGUCGGGCGUCUGCAGGGCGUCUGUCGGGCGUCUGCAAGGCGUCUGCAAGGCGUCUGCGGGGCGUCUGCAAGGCGUCUGCAAGGCGUCUGCAGGGCGUCUGUCGGGCGUCUGCAGGGCGUCUGUCGGGCGUCUGCAAGGCGUCUGCGGGGCGUCUGCAGGGCGUCUGCGGGGCGUCUGCAGGGCGUCUGUCGGGCGUCUGCAGGGCGUCUGUCGGGCGUCUGUCGGGCGUCUGCAGGGCGUCUGCAAGGCGUCUGCAGGGCGUCUGCAAGGCGUUUGCAGGGCGUCUGCAGGGCGUCUGCAAGGCGUCUGUCGGGCGUCUGCAAGGCGUCUGCAAGGCGUCUGUCGGGCGUCUGGUGCAGAAGCUCUCCAGAACAAUCCCCUCCAGAUGUCGUCGCUUGUCCUGGUUUUGUUUUGGAACAAGCCGAGCAAUAAGUCACUUUAUCCAGAUGAGACCGAUUCCUGACAGGAAAUUGCAUCACUUGUAAAGUCCAGCUGUGAUUGGCUGGAACCAGGGCGCUGUGUAAGGUUUUGGGUCUGGAGUGGGAUGGAACCAUUUACCUCAGCCCAGUCAGAGAAGCGCAGACAGAAUGAUGACCGUAAUAAUAACGAUGGUCAGGUGAAUAGUAUUAAAGCUUUCUAGUUUGAUUUUCUGACUCCGUCUCCAUCUCAGCUCUGAUGUCUUUGUGCCUUUUUUCAUUUUGGGGACAAACGAUGAACAGAGCUGCUGGCGCCCCCUGGUGUUUUCCUGCUGUCCUCCUCAUCAACACUUCUAGAACAUUUCAGAUAACUUAUUUCUAGUUGUGCCUUUCUAUGUCUGUCUGCUCAUCCGCCUGCGACGCCUUUCCGCUGUCCUCCAUGUCUUUGUCCUCGUCUCAGUUGGAAGACUCUUCGUGCCUUUCUCUCUCUUUUCUCUCUUUGCUGGGACCGUUUGUUGAGGACAGACUGUCCUGUGUGGUUAGUUUCAGGUACUACAUCAAUUUUAAUGAUAUAAUAUAAAUAUAGUGAAACAUUCAA